UUCCCUCCGUCUAUCCUGCUCCGUCUUCCCUCUCUAGUCUUCCCCGCCCGGCGUGGGCCGGCCCAGCGGGGGGGAGCUGGCUGGGGAAAGUUGCCGGGAAGUUGCCGGCGGAGGGAAGCUGCGAGGCGGGAGAGCCGCGGCCGCAGCAGCCCGGCCUCCGUCCCCGCCGGGCCCCGCCGCGCUCCGCGGGAGGGCCGAGGAUGGCCGGCGGGGAGGGAGCGGGCUCCGGAGUCCUGGAGUGCCGGGAGCAUCUCUUCAAGGUGCUGGUGAUUGGGGAGCUGGGCGUGGGUAAAACCAGCAUUAUCAAGCGGUACGUUCACCAGCUCUUCUCCCAGCACUACCGGGCCACCAUCGGGGUGGACUUCGCGCUCAAAGUCAUCAACUGGGACAGCAAGACCCUGGUCCGGCUGCAGCUCUGGGACAUAGCAGGCCAGGAGCGCUUUGGAAAUAUGACCAGAGUAUAUUACAAAGAGGCAGUUGGUGCUUUUGUGGUCUUUGAUGUCACAAGAGGCUCCACUUUUGAGGCUGUUUCAAAAUGGAAGCAUGAUUUGGACAGUAAAGUACUACUUCCCAAUGGCAGCCCCAUCCCUGCUGUUCUUCUUGCAAACAAGUGUGACCAGAAGAAAGAUGGCAACCAGAAUCCUUCUCAAAUGGACCAGUUCUGCAGAGAAGGUGGCUUUGUUGGAUGGUUUGAAACAUCUGCCAAGGACAACAUCAAUAUAGAUGAAGCUGCUCGAUUCUUGGUGGAAAACAUCCUUGCCAACUACAAAGCCUUUCCUAAUGAAGAAAAUGAUGUGGGGAAACCAAAACUGGACCUAGACCCAUUGAAAGCAGAGAGUAAAUCACAGUGCUGCUAAUGCUACCAUUGUUCAGUAAACGCGAUUGGAUGAGCAGCAAGACUGUUCCUUAAACUGCUGCUAUGGUGCUGUGUUGUGACAAUCCAUAUGGGGUGUCUGGUAUUAUCCGAAUAGGCAAUUCUCAUGGGUGUUUACAUAUUCUCAUUUAAUAUGAAACUGAGUAUCUUGUGACUUACCACUCCACUUGCUUAAGUGGCUGCAUCUAUGUCUGAUUAGUGUCUUCUAACUUGAGAGCAUAAGGUAGUGCUUACACUCCUAAAAAGGAACAAAGACAACAUUCAGUGUCUAGUUUGCUUCUAGAACAAAUUCUACAUUCCAAAUAGGACUCACUCAUCAUGGUUUUAGCUGAAUAGACACUUUCACCUUUAAAGUAAUCUUUUCCUGUGUCACCUGUAAUAUCCCACUUUAGCCUUUUCACAUACACACUUGUCCCUAUUUAUUAUCCCCCACCAUGAGGAUCUGUCUCAUUGCUGGUUCUGGAUUGAGACAUCCCAGAAAUCUUGAAGAGGCAAUGACAGAUGGAAGGUAUCUGUCUUGGUGUGUUCACUAGGAGUGAGUGAAGUAGAUGGCUUUUGCCACUGAGUAAAAACAAGACUGAUAAACAAUGUACUUAACAGGGGAAAGGUGUGGUUAUAAAGAUACUAACAAAAAUGCAUCUCCAGCCAUUUAAGGUAGAAUAUUUUCAGCUAAUACUUUAUGUAUGAAGCACAUUAAUUAAUGCAGUUGUACUGAUGGCACAUAGUUAUGGUAACCUCACCCAUAAGCACAUUGAGAAAUAAACAUUCAGUAACUUUUUCAUACACUAACACUGAAAAAAAAAUAUUUUGCUGUCCUGUGAUAAUGAACUUGCUUCUUUAUUCCUUCUGUCUUAAGAUGGUUCUAAAUAACAUGAGGGAUGAGAGAUGUCUUUAAGGAAAUAGCUUAACUGGUUCUUGCUAGCCUAUUAAAAAAAAAAAACACAAACAAAAAACAAACAAACAAAAAAACAACCAACAGAAACCAACAAGCUCUAUUUUGCUCAAUUUUAGAACAGUGCUGCACUCUUCUGACUGCUCAGAGCUGAUGAACUGGCUUACUGUUUGUAACUAUAUGCUGAGAUGCUUAUGUGUCCCUGUUAUAAGUCAUAUUUUUGGCACAAAAUGAAGAUCAAAAGGAUUAGAGAGAUUCCAGAGCUCCUGAAUAUAUUCUGGAACUCUGGCUCUACUUGGCUGAAAGUCUUUGAAGCUCCUCUUUAUUUUAAGGAUUUCUUCUGCCCUGGUACCUCAAUGCUACUGACUUCUGAAGUCUUCUCUUGCUUGUUUGUUGAAACAUCAGCAUGAAGUAUGUGCCAGAUUGGGUAUACUUUAAUCUGUAUUGAGAAUUUCUAGGCUGUCUUUUUUCUAAAGAGUAAUGUACUUUUUAAGAGACAAAUAAAUAUAUUUGGGCAUCUUAUGUAUGUUGGUGUAUGCUUUUGAGAACAUGAAUCUUCAUAUCAUGUCUCCUGUAAGCAAAUGUCUUCAUUGAUGUUUGAGAACAACUUGAUCUUCUAGUAGCUGUUAUGUU